AUGGUCGUCUACUCCUUCUACAUCUUCGACCGCCACACGGAAUGCAUCUACUCAAAAACCUGGCUCCCCGCCGAGCGCCCGCCAUCCCAACAACCUCCCUCAUCAGCCGGAACGGGCGCCGCACCACCACCAUCACAGCAGCUCGGCCGCCGUAGCCAGGUGAACUCGGCCAAGGACGACGCCAAGCUCAUCUUUGGCACGGUUUUCUCCCUCCGCAACAUGGUCCGCAAGCUCGGCGGGGACGAUGACGCCUUUAUCAGCUACCGCACCUCGGCCUACAAGCUCCACUACUACGAGACGCCCUCGAACCUGCGCUUCGUCAUGCUUACUGAUACGGCGACGCUGAGUAUGCGGAAUGUGCUGCAUCAGAUUUAUAUUAACCUCUGGGUUGAAUACGUCGUCAAGAACCCCCUAGCACCAGCCGAACACAAGGGUGGCGAAGGCGUCAAGAACGAACUUUUCGAGCUGGGUCUGGAUCAGUUCGUCAGGGGCUUGAUGUAA